AUUAUUUUUGUCGUCUUUCUACAUUUUUACUCAUCAAAACUUGGCAUCUGGGUGGUGGAUACAGGAAUUUGUAAAACAGUUGGCAUUAGAAAAACGUGGCUCUGCAUUAUCGCUAGCGGCCGACACCAUUUCUGAUUGUAGCAUCAUUAUUAUUACUGAAUUCUGCAGUUUCAAGGUGAAGCCUGAAGCGCCAUGGAAGCUCAAGCGGUUCAAGUCUUGCGAUAUUCAGCUACGCUGCAUUCCAAUAAUCCCAAGCUUGAGAAAACAGGGACCAAUGGCUCUCUCCGAAUGUUUGGUGGAUUUAAGAAACAGCUUUUUGUUUCGUCUAAGUUGCAGAGUGCAAAACCUUCGGCGAAUAUACGGCGAAGGACAGCAUCUUUGGUGGUUGCAUGUUCGCAUAAUAAUAUUCCAGCUUCAGCAUUGGAAUAUGGAAGCUUUCAUUCUUCUGUUGAAGAAAAGUUGAUUUUGAAGAUUAAAUCACAAGAGAUCGAACCAUACUUAAGUGGACGCUGUAUAUAUCUUGUUGGAAUGAUGGCCUCUGGGAAGACAACUGUGGGACGGAUAUUGUCAGAGGCGCUUUCUUAUUCGUUUUAUGAUAGGUUAGUGUGUGAUGCAUUGGUGGUGAAGGAGGUUGGUGGAAUAUCUGUAACUGAUAUAUUCAAGCACUAUGGAGAGCCUUUUUUUCGUAAUAAGGAGACUGAGGUGUUGCAGAAGGUGUCAAUAAUGCAUAGACAUCUUAUUUCUACUGGUGGAGGUGCUGUCGUGAGGCCCAUCAAUUGGAAAUAUAUGCAGCAGGGGAUUAGUGUUUGGUUGGAUGUACCUGUAGAAGUCUUGACUCAGAGAAUAACAGCUGAAGGAACUGAUUCUCGCCCACUUCUACAUUAUGAAGGAGGAGAUGCAUACACAAAGACUAUCACGCAUUUGUCUUCCCUUUUUGAAGAAAGAAGUGAAGCAUAUGCAAACGCCAAUGUGAAGGUCUCCUUGGAAAAUAUGGCAGCAAAACUGGGCCGAAGAGAUGUGUUAGAUUUAUCUCCAACUGCUAUUGCAAUGGAGGCGCUGGAACAGAUCAAAGGCUUUCUUAUAGGUGAAGAUGGCUUUUAAGCGUGUGCUAGCAGAAUCUUCCACACAAGCAUGCUUUAAUUGUGCAUAUUUUUCUCUUCAAAUAAUAAUUAUAGCAUGGCAAUGUGUUAUAUCUUUUUGUUAGGAAAAGGAAUGAUGCAGCAUCAUCAACAUGCACAUAUUUAGUAUUUUUUUUAUUCGUAAAAAUUAAAAAUAAGUACUAGAAUUGAAGUUUUACAACUUUCACGUACUGAACUAGAUCUCGUUAGUGUAGGAAUUUAGUGUUUAUGUGUAAUUUGUGUGAUCAUAUAUAAUUUGACGGCAUGCAGCAUUUAAUUUGUA